UUCCCUCCACUCUCCCAGCCAUUAGCUCACCCUCUCAGCUCCGAGUUUGCAGAUACAGAUCUGCUCCAGACGAGGACCCCAGGGGACGACUUUCAUAAAAUCAACCCUCUCUGAAGUAAAGGGUCGCUGAGCGAGUGUCUGAGAGUUCGGUGUUUACUGAGCAGAUACUGUGCUAACUGCUGGCCGUGGGCACCUCCUGUCACCCUCCCACCGAGCCAGGACGCGGCGACGCGGCGACUGUUACCCAGCCCAGGGAACAUGAGCUGAGGGGAGGGCCAGCCUUGGGCUUGGGCAGCCCGACCACAGAAGCAUCUCUGAGUCCUUUGCCAGGCUUCCUCCACAAAUGUGGGGACCUGGAGUUCUGCUGUUUUAUUGCUCACCGUCUCCUUUGCCUGACGAGCCAAAGCUUCCUACUGUCUAGCUGAGGUAACGGAAGCCCGGGGGGCUUUUGUGGCUCCGAGUGGCUGUCUGCCGUUUCCUCAGCUUCUGUUGUCAGUAGUUGAGGUUUCUAGAUAGGUCACCACCACCAGGCUCUUCCUAUGACUGCACGCGGCGUUGCCAGGUACCGCCUCGCCUGUGCAGCUCGGCCCGCUCUCACCUUUGCAGGUAGAAGACGCCUCGGAGCUCCAGACAGACGCCCGUGGAGUGAGGAGCCCCACACUCGUGGACCGGAGGCUCAUGCAUGCUCACGAAGGGGCAGAGUGAAUCUCCAUCAUGACUGUCCAACAUACGACCUGCCCCGCUCCCCUCCCGGUCCAGAGGGAGACGGAAAACAAGUUCAGCUCGCAGAUGAAACUAGAGCUAACACCCUGUAGCCAUCAGUUGUUUUAAAGAGAAAAGGCGAUACUGGGGGGAAGCUGUGUGUGUCUGGGGUGCAUCGCUCAGCUGUGGCCAGAGGAGCUGAGACAUCCGUUCCCCUUCGAGAACCUCUCCCCGAGUUGAGCGAGAUGGAUUAUCCAGCCACGAGUCCGGCCGACUACGAUUACGGGGCAUCAGAGCCCUGCCAGAAGGAGGGCGUGAAGCAGAUGGCGGCCCAGCUGCUGCCCCCGCUCUACUCGCUGGUGUUCAUCUUCGGCUUCGUGGGCAACAUGCUGGUCGUCCUCACCCUGGUGAACUGCAAGAAGCUCAAAAGCAUGACUGACGUCUACCUGCUCGGCCUGGCCAUCUCCGACCUGCUGUUAAUUUUCACACUCCCGUUCUGGGCUCACUACGCUGCCAGCGACUGGACCCUGGGGGACGCCAUGUGCAAGCUCUGCACGGCGCUCUACCACAUCGGGUAUUUUGGGGGGGUCCUGUUCAUCGUCCUCUUGACCAUCGAUAGGUACCUGGCUAUCGUCCACGCUGUGUUUGCUCUCAAGGCCAGGACGGUCACCUUUGGGGUGGUGACGAGUGGGGUGACCUGGGUGGUGGCUGUGUUGGCCUCUGUGCCAGGAAUCAUCUACAGCAGAUCUCAGAAAGAGGGGGUCCGUUACACAUGCAGCCCUCAUUUCCCACCCAGCCAGUUUCAUUUCUGGAAGAACUUCCAGGCGUUAAAGAUGAACAUCCUGGGCCUGGUCCUGCCGCUGCUGGUCAUGGUCGUCUGCUACUCGGGAAUCCUGAAGACCCUGCUCCGCUGUCGGAACGAGAAGAGGCACAAGGCGGUGCGGCUCAUCUUCGCCAUCAUGGUGGUUUACUUCCUCUUCUGGACCCCCUACAACCUCGUCCUCCUCCUGACCACCUUCCCGGGCUUCUUCGGCCUCAACAGCUGCAGCAGCUCCAACAGGCUGGACCAGGCCAUGCAGGUGACGGAGACCCUGGGGAUGACCCACUGCUGCGUCAACCCCGUCAUCUACGCCCUGGUCGGGGAGAAGUUCAGGAACUACCUCUCGGUGUUCUUCCAGAAGCACAUCGCCAAGCGCUUCUGCCAGCGCUGCCUGGUCUUCCAGAGGGAGGGCCCUGAGCGGGCGAGCUCGGUUUACACCCGGUCCACAGGCGAGCAGGAGAUCUCUGCCGGCCUGUGACCCGAACCAGCGUGCCCACACGACUCCAUUUUAAUACGCAGCCUGGCAGUGGGAGCAUUUCUCUUAAAAACAAAGUUACGGGCCAGCAGGUGGUGUAGUGGUUAAGGCACUGGACUCCCACAGGGCCGACUGCAGUUCGAGUUCUCAAUCCGACAGCUUAAAACUCAGGCUGGGCGUG